AUGGUCGACCCGCUGGGCGUGCCGCACCCCCAGGGCUGCUAUCCACCAGCGCAGACUGGGAUCUCGAAGCUGCCCGCCCAGCUGCUCCAGGACCUCGUGGAGGAGAUGAUCCCCCACGAUGUGGAGCUCGUCGGCGCCGCCCGGGCUACCGGCGGGAGGGCAGGACCAGCGCUGGCUACCAGCCGGAUCCUUUCGUGGACCUCCCUCUGCGAGCUAUUGAAGCACUUGGUAUUCAAACCGACGGCCAGCUGCCCCUGGCGCCGGCUGGGCUUCGCGCCGCUGGAGGGGCCAGAGCCCACGCUCCACGGGUUGGCGGUUAGAUUCCGCACGCCCAAGCUAUUCUGUUCCGCAGCGCAGUCGCCAGAGUGGACGCCCCCAGAGCGGGUCCAGGCAGCUGAGGCGCUCUUGGCACUGGAGCUGGCGCGCCAGCAAUGCAGCGACCUCCUCCUCGAGAUCUCGCGGGAGCGCCGCCGCCUCCGCCCUCCAGCUCUCCCGCUCUGGCAGGAGCUUGGCGCAUCCGCCAUGCGAUUGCUGGGAGACACGGCGCCCGCCUCCACGGAGAUCGCCCUCACGCAGUGGUCGGAGAUCACCCUUGAGGUGCAUGAGGCUCAGGCGCUUCACGGGGGCACGGCGGCACUGGAGGCCAGCAGAUCCC